AUGGCCCACGCAGGGGACUGCAAGCAGACGCCCUGGCUCCCUGUCCUGGUGGUAUCACUGCUGUGUUCAACCAGAGCAGAAUACUCCAACUGUGGAGAGAAUGAGUACUACAACCAGACCACGGGGCUGUGCCACGAGUGUCCCCAGUGUGGCCCGGGGGAGGAGCCCUACCUGUCCUGUGGUUAUGGCACCAAAGAUGAGGACUAUGGCUGCGUCCCCUGCCCAGCAGAGAAGUUUUCCAAAGGAGGCUACCAGAUAUGCAGGCGCCACAAAGACUGUGAGGGCUUCUUCCGGGCCACAGUGUUGACACCGGGGGACAUGGAGAAUGAUGCUGAGUGUGGACCGUGUCUUCCUGGCUACUACAUGUUGGAAAACAGACCCAGGAACAUCUACGGGAUGGUCUGCUACUCCUGCCUCCUGGCACCCCCCAACACCAAGGAAUGUGUGGGAGCCAGCUCCGGGGUCUCUGCCAACUUCCCCAGCACCUCUGGCAGCAGCACCCUAUCUCCUUUCCAGCAUGCCCACAAAGAGCUCUCAGGCCAAGGGCACCUGGCCACAGCCCUGAUCAUUGCCAUGUCCACCAUCUUCAUCAUGGCCAUAGCCAUUGUCCUCAUCAUCAUGUUCUACAUCAUGAAGACGAAGCCUUCAGCUCCAGCAUGCUGCACCAGUCACCCGGUGAAGAGCGUGGAAGCCCAAGUGAGCAAGGAAGAGGAGAAGAAAGAGGUCCAAGAAAGUGUGGUUAUUUUCUCUGAGAAGGACGAAUUUGAGAAGCUGACUGCAGCUCCACCCAAGACUGCCAAGAGCGAGAAUGACGCAUCAUCGGAGAAUGAGCAGCUGCUAAGCCGGAGCAUGGACAGUGAUGAGGAGCCUGCCCCCGACAAGCAGGGCUCCCCAGAGUUGUGCCUGUUGUCUCUGGUUCACCUGGCCCGGGAGAAGUCGGCAGCCACCACGUCAGCAGGGAUUCAAAGUCGAAGGAAAAAGAUAUUGGAUGUGUAUGCCAAUGUGUGUGGAGUUGUUGAAGGUCUCAGCCCCACAGAGCUGCCAUUUGACUGCCUAGAGAAGACAAGCCGAAUGCUCAGCUCUACGUACAACUCCGAGAAGGCGGUUGUGAAAACAUGGCGCCACCUUGCCGAGAGCUUUGGACUCAAAAGGGAUGAGAUUGGGGGCAUGACAGACGGCAUGCAGCUCUUUGAUCGCAUCAGCACAGCAGGCUACAGCAUCCCAGAGUUGCUCACAAAACUGGUGCAGAUUGAGCGGCUGGAUGCUGUGGAGUCCUUGUGUGCAGACAUACUAGAGUGGGCUGGGCUCAUGCCACCUGCCUCCCAGCCACCCACUACAUCCUGA